ACACAGAAUGCACUCCACGUUCAUGGGGAUUUGGAAGCACUGGUGAGCUACAGGCCCAACAGCGACAAUGAAAGACUUGCAAGCUGGGUUACAGAUGCCAAGAGGAACACUCCACAAAGCGUGAAUGUUAGUGGCUCCUGGGUACAGGCACGGUGAACAGAAACACCUUGUCCAGCCUUGCGUUUGCUUACAUCCAGGUAAACAUUAUCAAUGUGCCGAAGAGAGCGACCUGCUCUCUCAACACCUCCCUCAGGCGGGGCAAGGCCCGGCCACGGCCGGAGCUGUUCACCGCCCUUGGGAGGACCCCGGCAGGGCUGGACGAACCCCGGGCGGAGGGGACGGAAGUCACCCCAGCCCGCGGCGCGAUCUCGCACCGCGAUCUCGCACCGCGCUGGCACUAGCCCCGAAUCGGGCGCCCCGCGGCCCGGCCCGGCCCUCCGCCUGCAGCACCGGAGGAGCGGGGCCACGCCGGGCCAUGGCGGAACAGAGCAGCCCCCGCGCCCCGCGGACGGGACGCACCGGGGCGGGCGGGCGUGCCAUGCCCGGAGCGGGGCCACCGGGAAGCCGCGCCGCUGCACCGGGGCUGCUGGAGUGCCGUCGCUGCCGGUACCUGCGCACGGCCAGGGCCUGCUGCCAGAUCGUGGAAGCGCUACUUGCCGUGCUGAUCCUGGUCUGCAGCUCCGUGUCCUACGGCUCGACGGGAGGCUACACGGGCCUUCCCAGCCUGGGAGGCAUCUACUACUACCAGUAUGGUGGGGCUUACAGUGGCUUUAGUGGAGCAGACGGAGAAAAAGCCCAGCAGCUUGACCAGCGUUUCUACCUACUAAAGCUGCCAAUUGCAAGGGCAGCAAUGGCUGUGGGAGGAUGUCUCCUGGUCUUCUCUUGUGUUCUUAUUUUGGUUGGUGUUCUACAGUUACCAUGGCAUUUCCCAGUGUGGCUGCUACUUGAAUGCAUUCUGGACAUAGUGACUGCAAUUGGUAUGGUGCCUGCUCUGUACUAUUUCUUCCAUUUUCUGCUGGGGGUUUAUAAUUCAUCAGUGUGCAAAGAGAGAGAGCAGCUUUAUCACAGCAAGGGCUAUCAGGGCUUCAGGUGCAGCCUGCAUGGGGCAGAGAUUGCUGCUGGCCUCUCAGGCUGCGUAGCUGCCAUGGCAUACCUGCUUAGUGCAGGCCUAGCUGUUAGGGGGUACAGAGCAGUUGACAAACUGAAACAGAAGCCAGUACAAUUAUACGAGUUUUAGAAUGAUUCCUCCUCCUCAAUGCUGCAGCAGAACACACACUGAGAGAGUAUAGCUCUAAAUAUGGUAGAGUCAAGCUGUUCCUAACUUGAGUUUGCAUUAUUGAAUUAGUGGACACAAAGUCCGAUGGAUUGUCUUCAUCUGGUGGCUGUCUCUCCACUAAAGAGUAACUGUCCUCAUGUAGUUGACUAGCAAGCUGCCUGCUUCACAGGGAGCAUUUCCCUCCCCUCUGUUGGGUGUCUUGUUCUCCUCCAAUGAGGUCCUGCUACAAGUACUGCUACUACAUACUUCUGCUGAUGAACAGCUUUCUGUAGCUGGAACUACAGAAACUGUUCACAGAGAACAGAGCUCUUAAAACUGAGUGAUUGAGGCCCAUGGUUGCGGCAGCUAAUUAUUGAUUUUUUUGUAGGUCUCUUGGAACUAACAGGGCAGUUUGAAUGUGGCAUUUAUAGAGCCAUCAGAAAAUCCUGAAAUAAACUUGCAAAAUGAUUAAUACACUCAGCCUAAUUUGUGACACAAUGCCUUUUCAAAACUCUCCUGCAGAGGGCACAUUUGUAUAUGAAAUGGUCUUUUUAUAUAACUUGUAUACAACAGUUUAGCUUAAAAAGAUGCCCUGAGUUGGGAUAAUGAGACAAAAGCGUUUAGAGCUCAAACAGAUGGUUUAAGAAGGAAGUGUAUUGUUUUCAAAACACAUUUUUAACGUACAAGUUGGGGAAGUGAGAUGCUGCCCUUGUAUUAUUUAUAAAAAAAGUGAAAUUUAUUAAAAACUUUUAUAGGAAAUUUAACAGGGAAAAGAAAAGUAGCACUAGAAUCACAAAAUCAUGCCUCGAUGAAGUGUCACUUCAGAGCAAUGCCCCACUAUAUGUACUGUUGAUAUGAAGAUGGAACCACCAACUGGUCUCACAGACCAGUUCUGCCUGUAUUUAAAAAACAAACCAAAACACGCCCCCCCCCCCAACUAAACAUACCAGAAAUGUGCUUUGUCUUGGAUAUAUCUCCAGUUUCACUGGCACCAGUGACUAAAUCCUCACAAUUACCAAAACCAGGGAACAUUGUUGGAACUGCAGAUACAAAAGUAAAACAAAUACUAAAUAGCAACACACGAGGUACUCUGGAGUUUGUUUGAUUUCUCCUCCCUUUUAGUAGCUAGGUGCAUUGAACAUUUCAGCACAGGGAUUUAUGUGGACAGUCCACUGUGGUCUUAGUUCUUUUAAUGAUUCUGUAUUUCCUGCUUGCUGCGGCUACUUCUAGAAAGCUGUACGAUACUAUUUAGAGCAAGUUCACCAGGCAGGAUUCCUCUGGCAGGAUACAGAAAGCUGCCUAAUAAAUGGUAUGAAUUCCACCCUUACAGUGUUCUACAAGUAGCUUUUGUAUGGAAGGCUGAUGAGUGAAGUAGCACACAGAGCUCAAUGAAGGAGACCCUACAGCACAGCUACUGCUAGCCACAGCUAUGUUUGACUGGGAUAUUGCACAAAUUCCCUCCAGCACAGUAACGGAAUAUAUAGUUAGAUGAAAGUAAAAAUCUUUAUUGCUAAGUCAGCUGAAAAGUUGAUGCAAAAAUUUUCUUCUUUCCUGGACUGCUCUAUACAUCUGAAUAAAGAAUCAAUGGAA